GAGAGAGAGAGAGAGAGAGAGAGAGAGAGAGAUCUGCCGGUACAAAUUCUACUUAAUUUUCUCCGUUUCAUUCAGGUGCUACGCUCAGUGAGGCAGCGAGGCAGUGAUAUCUUCUGACGGUAGAGACAGGAGGAGUCUCAAAGAUAGAGAGAAAACGAGCGCUUUCUGAUCGGUGAUCAAUUUCUCUCUGUUUAAAGGUUGGAAGGAAUAUUAAGGAGGAGGGGCACUGGACGACGAUCUCCUAUCUCUGUUUGCUCUGCUUCAUUUCUCAAUCUGAGAAUAAUACUUGUCAAUUUUUGGAAUGGACGAGCGGCAGACGCCACACCCACAGACUGAUACUAGUGCUUCAGAUAGAACUCCCACUGUUGUGUUGGAUAUUGAGAGCCUUGCACAACCCUCAGAUAGAAGCUCAGGAAGCCCCAAAAUGACUAGAGCACUCUCAAGAAAAUGGUCUUAUCGAGCAGAGAGAUUUUUUAAUACUGACGAGGAAGACACAGAUGAACCCUCAAAGAAACUUCUAGUGAAAGUGAACUCUCAGUUGGAGCCCUUGAAGCAGUCAUUGAUCACCGCAAAAGCAAUCUCGGCAGCCUCAAAUGCUUUUACAGGCUCCAAUCUCGUUGACACGGGGGAUGGACGGAGCAAGAGGUUGAAUCGCUUUAUGGCAAUCAACCCUCGGAAGAUUCUUUUCAUAUUUGCAACACUGUCCAGUAUGGGCACAUUAAUCCUCAUAUACUUCACACUGGCCAUUAAUAGAACAGUUUGAUAAACCAUGGAUGGAGCUGUGCUCUGCAGAUGAUCGCAGCAUUCUCUCUCUCUCUCUCCAGUUGGUCUCGGACUUUAAUUUUCUGAUGCUGCCUUAAUUUGUUGGUAGCUGUGUGUGCUGGGGAUAACUACUGCAUAUCCAUGAUCCAUGCUGCAAUUUUUAUCUAACGGUUGGUCUGCCUCUGCGUGCCAGUUGAGGAGAUCAAAUAUCAGUAUAUAUGAUUGUUGUUAAAUGAUCCAGCGUUUUCAGCUCGCCAACUGCGGAACUUAUGUGCAUGGUCCAGAGCUGGCUAGGUUAAUUUUGCUGUGAUUCUUGUUUUCAACGCAAAAGGGUUCUAUUCUAUACAUAAAAAAAACCUGUCAAUUCCCAGUCUCAUUUAUAAAUUAUAGGGCAUCACUCAGGUGUUACCGUUUAAAAUAAAAAAUAGAAAAUACUCCACAAGGUGAAGAAGUAUGUAAUUAAUUAGGCAUUUUGAAUUAAUUGGCACCUCUCUGAUAUAACUGUUGUACCA